AUGUCGACUCGUGGACGCGGUCGCAGGCGAGGCAGAGGUAGAAUAGGUAAUGCAAACCCUGAAACGGCGAGAAACAACCCUGUGGACUUUAUGGCUGCCUUGGAAAACAUGGUUGUCGCGAUGCAAGCGACAGCAGAAGCGUUGGGAAAUCAAAUGAAUAAUGGGAAUGGGAAUAACGGUGAAGAGAGGCUGAUGACACUUGCUACUUUUUUGAAGGAAACACGACAUAUUCUACAACCAGAUGGCACUGUAAUGUCUUGGGAAGUGUUUUGGACGGAGUUCUAUAGGAAAUACUUUCCUAGUUCAGUUAGGAAUGCUAAGGAGCUUGAGCUGCUCCGAGUCGUGGAAGAGUGUGUAAGGAACGCAAUAGUGGAGAAAGGGAGCCAAAGGAUUCCUUUCCGGAGAAACCAAGGGAGGAACUUCGCACCAAGGGGUAGGACUUUUAAGUGUGGAGGCUUUGUACCACAAUCGAAUCAAGGUCAGAACAACUUCCGCAUGCCUAAUAACAAUGAUAAUUGUGGGAGAAGGUUUAGAAAGCAGCCACAGAAUGAGCCGAGUUCGAGGUGCGGGAGUUAUCAUCCUGGAGUUCUUUGCAGAGUUGGAUUAGGUGUGUGCUACUUUUGUGGACGAGCUGGGCAGAUGGCCUGGAAUUGUUCGGAGAAGAAAAAGUAUGAAGCUGGGAGAGCCCAACAACCAGGACGAGUGUUCACUACAUCUGCUGUAGGUGCCGAGGGAUCCGAGACACUAAUUAGAGGUAAAUGUGAAAUAGCUGGUAAAAUUUUAAAUGCUUUAUUUGAUUUUGGAGUGACACAUUCGUUCAUAGUAUUCGAGAAGGCUAGUAAGUUAGGAUUGAGGAUGAUUAUGUUGGAUUAUGAUUUGAAAGUUCAUAAUGCUACUUUUAAAGCUGUUGUGACUAGAUUAGGCUGUCCACAAGUUUCGUUAUGA